GCGCCCAGCACCGCUGCUCCCGGCAAACCGGAGCAUGCACCGCCGGCCAGCGGCCGAGUUCGCCCAUCCCAGCCAUCACUUUUCCACCUAGUCCUUAGAGAAGGGAAGAUGAGCGAGUCGAGCUCGAAGUCCAGCCAGCCCUUGGCCUCCAAGCAGAAAAAGGACGGCACUGAGAAGCGGGGCCGUGGCAGGCCGCGCAAGCAGCCUCCGGUGAGUCCCAGGACAGCGCUGGUAGGGAGUCAGAAGGAGCUCAGCGAAGUGCCAACACUUAAGAGACCUCGGGGCCGACCAAAGGGAAGCAAAAACAAGGGUGCUGCCAAGACCCGGAAAACCACCACAACUCUGGGAAGGAAACCAAGGGGAAGACCCAAAAAACUGGAGAAGGAGGAAGAGAAGGGCAUCUCGCAGGAGUCCUCACUGGAGGAGCAGCUUCCUUCUGGGACUGGACAGCUUUGAUCCGCUCCCAGCCCCCC